AUGCGCUUCUUCGCUGCCUGUCUUCGGGUGCGCGUCUUCCGCCACAUGUCUUCAGGUGAGCGUCAUUCAUCGCUCGUCAUCGGGGUGCGCGCCUACCAUCGCCCGUCAUCGGGUGCGCGUCUACCCCCCACCUGUCUUCGGGUGCCCGUCUUCCGCCGCCUGUCUUCGAGUGCGUGUCCUCCGCCGCCUGUCUUCGGGUGCGCGUCUUCCGCCGCCUAUAAUCGGGUGCGCGUCUUAAACCGCCCGCCUCGCUGCUUCACUGCCCGUCUUCGGGUGCGCAACAUCGCCACCGGUCAUCAGGUGCGCGUCUUCCGCCGCCUGUCAUCGGGUGCGCGUCUUCUGCCGCCUGUCAUAGAGUGCACCUACCCCCGCACUCCCGCCUGUCUUCGGGUGCGCGCCUUCCGCCGCAUGUCUUCGGGUGAGCGUCUUUCAUCGCUCGUCAUCGGCGUCUUCUACCGCCCGCCUUCGGGUGUGCAACUAUGCCACCUGUCGUCGGGUGCGCAUCUUCUGCCGCCUUUCAUAGGGUGCGCGCCUACCAUCGCCCGUCAUCGGGUGCGCGUCUACCCCCACCUGUCUUCGGGUGCGCGUCUUCCGCCGCCUGUCGUCGGGUGCGCGUCUUCCGCCGCCUGUCGUCGGGUGCCCGUCUUCCGCCGCCUGUCUUCGAGUGCGUGUCUUCCGCCGCCUGUCUUCGGGUGCGCGUCUUCUGCCGCCUAUAAUCGGGAGCGCGUCUUACGCCGCCCGCCUGUAUUCGGGUGCGCGUCUUACGACGCCCGCCUGUAUUCGAUUGCGCGUCUUCCGCCGUCUGUCAUCGAUUGCACAACUUCGCAGCCCGUCCUCGGUUGCGCUACAUCGCCGCCGGUCAUCAGGUGCGCGUCUUCCGCCGCCUGUCAUCGGGUGCGCGUCUUCCGCCGCCUGUCAUCGGGUGUGCGUCUUCUGCCGUCUGUCAUAGAGUGCGCACCUACCCCCGCCUGUCGUCGGGUGCGCGUCUUUCGCUGCCCGUCCUCAAGUGCGCUACUUCGCCGCGCGCUGUUUUCGCCGCCUGUCAUCGAUUGCACUACUUCGCUUCCCGUCCUCGGUUGCGCUACUACACUGCCCUUCUUCAGGUGCGCAACAUCGCCGCUUGUAAUCGGGUGCCCGUCUUCCGCUACCCAUCAACGUGUGCGCUACACCGCUGUCCAUUCUUUGGGCGCGCUACUUCGCUGCUCAGACAUCGGUCGCGCGUCUUCCACCGCCUGUCAUCAGGUGCGCGUCUUCAGCCGCAUGUCAUUGAGGGAGCUACUCGCCGCCCGUUCAUCGGGUGCGCUUCUUGGCUGCCCGUUCUUUGGGUGCGCUACUUCGCUGCCCGUUCUUCGGAUGCGCUACUUCACUGCCUGCUCUACGUGGGCGCGAUUCCCGUAUAUUCUCAUCGGGUGUGCAACAAUAAGGUUCAUUACGAAGAAAGAAGAUAAGGCGAAGAAAGAACUCCAGGCGAAGAAAGAACUCCAGGCGAAGAAAGAACUCCAGGCGAAGAAACAAGACCAGGCGAAGAAAGAGAACCAGGCGAAGAAAGGAGACCAGGCUAAGAAAGGAGACCAGGCUAAGAAAGGAGACCAGGCUAAGAAAGGAGACCAGGCGAAGAAAGAAGACCAGGCGAAGAAAGAAGACCAGGCGAAGAAAGAAGACCAGGCGAAGAAAGACGAUCAGGCGAAGGAAAAGGACCAAGCGAUGAUACAUUUACUAAGUGAAGAAAUAAGACCAGGGAACCAAGCUAAGAAAGAAGACCAGGCGAAGAAAGAAGACCAGGCGAAGAAAGAAGACCAGGCGAAGAAAGGAGACCAGGCGAAGAAAGAAGACCAGGCGAAGAAAGAAGACCAGGCGAAGAAAGAAGACCAGGCGAAGAAAGAAGACCAGGCGAAGAAAGAAGACCAGGCGAAGAAAGAAGACCAGGCGAGGAAAGAAGACCAGGCGAAGAAAGAAGACCAGGCGAAGAAAGAAGACCAGGCGAAGAAAGAAGACCAGGCGAAGAAAGAAGACCAGGCGAAGGAAAAGGACCAAGCGAUGAUACAUUUACUAAGCAAAGAAAGAGGACCAAGCGAAGAAAGAAGACCAGGCAAAGAAAGAAGACCAGGCGAAGAAAGAAGACCGGGCGAAGAAAGAAGACCGGGCGAAGAAAGAAGACCGGGCGAAGAAAGAAGGCCGGGCGAAGAAAGAAGACCGGGCGAAGAAAGAAGACUACGUGAAGAAAGAAGACCAGGCGAAGAAAAAAGAGCAAGCCAUGAUAUACUGACCAGGCGAAGAAAGAAAUAUAGGCGAAAAAAGAAGACCAGUCGAAGAAAGGAGACAAGCGAAAACAGAAGACCAGGCGAAGAAAGAAGACCACGCGAAGAAGACCAGGCGAAUAAAAAAGAGCAAACCAUGAUAUAUUGACCAGGCGAAGUAAGAGGACCAGACGAAGAAAGAAAUACAGGCGAAGAAAGAAGACCGGGCGAAGAAAGAAGACCGGGCGAAGAAAGAAGACCAGGCGAGGAAAGAAGACCAGGCGAGG